AAAGUGAUGCCGAAGAAAGUUAUAUUGAAGAAGUAGUACUUUUUGGAACCGUUGCAAGGCCCUUAUUACAUGAACAAGAAGUGCUUAACGGAGAAGAAGAGGAGGAGAUUACUCGACAUACUGUUAGGGAGAAGUUAUUC